CCUUGAUCACUGCCCAAACAUUUCUGUUCUGUUCGAAGUUGUCCUCAGAAGAACAGAAAAUGUCCGACGAAUCUGGCUGGUCACUUACCGAGUCCGACCCAGCGGUGUUCACUGCGCUGCUCCAGUCGCUGGGGUGCAACACGCUCAUCGUAGACGACCUAUGGACACUAGACGACCCAGCGCUGCUCUCGUCUCUGCAACCGAUUCACGCGCUCAUCUUCUUGUUCAAGUGGAUUGGAGGUACGGAGGAUGAAGCGGCAGAUGGAGAGCUGAAAGGCGGUGGGCGGUACGACGAGGCUUUCCCCGGUUUCUUCGCGCACCAAGUGGUCAACGACGCCUGCGCGACAAUCGCUGUCCUCAACGGGGUGUUCAACAUCCCUUCCGUACCGAUGGGACCAGACCUUUCCCAACUACGCGAGUUCAGCGCGGGCAUGGACCCCCUCAUGUCCGGGUACAGCAUCACGAACAGCGCUGCGAUCCGGAAUGCGCACAACGCGUUAUCCAGCAGUGCCAACAGCCCGUUCAGCAUCGACCCGAGCUUGUAUGACCAGAACGAGAAGGAGGACGCGUUCCAUUUCGUGGUUUAUGUGCCUGUUGCUGGGCAGCUGUAUGAGCUAGACGGACUGAGGCGCGCACCGGUGCAGCAUGGCGGUUGGGAAGGCGGCGAAGGAUGGUUGGACGUCGCUAGGCGGACGAUACAGAGGAGGAUAGAGGGAUACCCUCCUGGGACGCUCCAGUUCUCACUCCUCGCGGUGAGGACGGACAACUUGCCUGGGAUGGAGGCGCAGCUCGAGCAGGCGAGGGCGGCGGGGGACGAGCAUUUGGCCAGCGAACUCGUACAUCACAUAUAUGCGGAGAAGUCGAAGCGCGCCGAAUGGGAAUUCGAAAACUCGUUAAGACGACAUAAUCACGUUGGGCUGAUACACUCGUUGCUGCUCGCGCUUGCUAAGGCUGGAGGGCUCGAUACGGCGGUGCAAAAAGCAAAGCAGAAGAUGAUAGAGGCGCGGCAGAAGGCGGCUAAGAGCGAUACCAAGAUGGAAGAGGAUUAGUGUGGCUGCUCUUGUGGAAUACGAUGCAUAUUGUAUCUGUGACUCGUUCCCUGUGCAAGCAACAGAAU